AAACCCUCCGCUGCUCGUGCGCAACCACGCUCCCGGUCGUGGACGCCGGUCCAGAAGGCGAACGGCGACAUUGAAUGCGCGAUGCGAGUGCGUUUCGCAUCGUCCCUCGGAGUAGUGUGCUGUUCACGAUCCAUCACCAAACGGCCACCAGCCAAGCUCGCUGCAUCACGUCCCUCGACGCCCAACACUCGCUGUACACAAACACCUCGACUCCCCUCCCUCUCGCCUCUGCCCUUCCCUAUCAUCAGCAGCUGUUCAUUGAUUGCUUCCCGAGCACAUGCCCUUGCUACUCCCACGUGAUAGACAUGAAACACGCGUGAUCUUGUCAGCAGCACCGACAAUGCCCCAGUACACCAUCAUGCACGACCGGCCGUGGAUCGAAGAACCCGGUCGUGCCUCUCUCGCUCCCUCUGCCUCCGUCUACAGCGAGGACGACUACCAAACGACCUACAGAGACUCAAAAAUGCCGGAAGUGCCGCCAUUGAAACUGCACAAGCUGCACCACCAGCAACCUGCCGGCCCAUCCCACAAUGUCGACCAUGACGCGCCGACACGACAGUCCAAAAUGCUGCUCUUCAAGCAAGUCAAGUCCAUGCUGCACAAGCCCUCCAAACUUGACAUGUCCAAAAUUGGCCGGCCUCGCGACAACAGCCUCACCAGAGGGUCCAGCGCAACCGAAGCCAGAAAUGCCUCCGGAACCUCGACUCGAGAUGGGUACGAAGUUCGCAAAAAUUGGUCUGACCGGGAAACUGCGAGUUCCAAGGACGCGUCGCCCGUAUCUGCUCUAAGCGACAUGGAAAAAUCAAUUCCUCCUGGAAGUGGUUGGCGGACGAUCCAAUAUGAAGACCACGACCAAGUCUCUGAAGUCGCCGACUUUGCAUAUCGAAACCGUGGUGCCCCGAGUCAGGUCUCAGCCAGUACUCGCUCAUAUGCAACACCUGACACACCUUGCCCAACGGCCAGACUGUCGAGCACAAAGCGUAAGCCCACGCCGCGUUCUGUUUCCCAGACCGAGAGUUAUUCUCCCGCACUGCAAAGCCCCAGCCCUCCACCUUCACGAGACAACGAGUCCGAGAGUGUUGUCGAGAUCGCGCGAUAUCGCCGCGACCCUGGCAGUCGCUUCAGCUGGACGACUUAUGCAGGGUCAGACAUGUGCGGUCGACCCUCGUUCGACAUUGCAAGUCGUCCUUCAAUGGAGCGACCUUCGACUGGCCGCUCGAUCGAGUCUCAGCCAGCUCGACAACCACCACUGUCUCGGCUACAGGAAGAGCCCACAGUGAGUCGUUUCAGCUGGAGCACAGUCGGUACAGGCGCACCGAACUUUCAAACCCGGCCAGAAUCACCUCCACCCAGUCCACCACCUGCCCAAAUUCCUGCAAAGUACAAGGUCCCUCCAGUGCAAUCUAUUCUCUCCCGUCAUCGACCCGUUCAACGGCAACAAGAACGGGAAGAGUGGAAGCCCCAAUCACGCAAAGCUUCAGCAACCGAUCCCGACACCCCCGUCAUUGCCCGGCUAAAGACUGACGGCAUCACCAACAAUCAGCACCAACAACGCUUCACGACUGACGAAACACCAGGCUCAGCCUCAAAGACUCUACCUCCUUUGCCACCCGACAUGUCAACUUCAAAUACCCCGAAGACACAUCUGGAGGGACUUCUCGCAAAGGAAGAGGAGAUUAUCUUCCAGCGCAAGAACAUUGAAAAGGCCAUUGUUGAGAAUGCCAAAAUUGAAAGUGCGAGCCCACUGGAUGUGACGUUUUCCGAAGUCCGUGCAGCCAAGAAGGAGCUCGAGAGUUUGAGGGCCAGGUUGGAGGAGAUCAAAUUGGAGGAGCGAGACAUGGGGAUUGCAAUUGCGAGAGCCAGGCGGAAGGGGGGCUUUGAUGAUGGUGAAGGGUUGUGGGUGAGGAGAGUGACGGGCUGAAGGGGAAGCCGGGCCUCUUUGACUUCAGAUCAUAAGAGGUCGAGGCCUCGCGAAAUUCGGAUUUGCGGCAUUGAUGGCGUUGGGAUGUUUAUUUUGGCGUGGGAUGCUUGUGCUACAUGUUGUAUGCAUUGCCAACUGCGACAGUCAGUUCUGCUUUUGAGGAGAGGUGCAGAUUGGUCUUUUUGAGUUUCGGCCCUAUUGUACGACAGAGGCAUUCUAGCGGAAGAGCCACGAAAUGGCUUGCAUAACUUAAUGAUGAUAUGACUACUUUGACGAGC